AGGGCCGACAGAAGCGGGUUUAGCCUUGUAUCCAGUCAUGAGACCUACUAGACGAGCUCAGAUCACCAUUAUCCUCAUUGCAUCGGCGGUUAAGGUGCGAGCCGUGUAUAAGUGGUCCGAGUGCGAGGAGAGGGUUCGAGCCAUUCAGCGAGGUGAUCUAACCCUUGGCCACAUCGACAACACAACCAUCGACCAGUACUUAUACUUUGGUCCCGUCGCCGGAGCUACUGCGUCUCUUCCCAGGGAAGAUUAUUUGACGGUCACUUAUGAAGGUUGCAAAGUCAUAUGCGGAGAUCCCAUCGCCAUCAAUGAGACCCGCAGUGCAUUGGCCCUCGCUAGCAACUGGCUAUUCCCGUUGGCCAUUGUUCUGAGCCUACCGUGGGAGUCCCUGCACGAACGGAAGCUGUCUAGGACGUUAGUAGCGGUCGUGAACUGGCUUGGGAGCCCCCAGACGUCGUUAACCGCCACAAUCUUCAACUUUCGCCAGUUCCGCGAAUCCCACCGCCGCGUACUCCGCGAGGUUAACACCGAUCAGAGCCACCUGUACAGCGCCGCAUAUUUUGUCUUGUGCAGCAUCAACCAGUUCACGGGAUAUUCCCUGGUGUCCAAGGGGAACGACGGACCCGAGCCGACACGCAUGCUAAGCGUCUUGAUGUAUGGAUUAUUCCGCCCAAUGUCUCAAGAGCAAGCCCCCGAUGUCGAACUCACCGAGCAGUUGCUGCUCGCCUUGGCAUUCGAACUACGUAUGCUCCGCCGCAAGGGGGUCAUCCCAAUGCUUGCGGACCUGGGGACAUUCAUAGUGGCCUUUAUAUUCUCCGUAGUCCUCGCGUUCGCGGAUCUAGAUGGCGACAAUACCCCGUUCUCGCUAGCCUUCGGGCUUCUGGUUACCUGGGUUCCACUCCUCGUCGUGUUUACCAUUGUGGAUCGGAACCCCAUGUCCUCGGACCGCACCGCUGAACUCAUCUCGCGGUGGCUCUACAACGUGGAUGCUGUCAUGACUUGGGCCGACACUGGGUCCCCUACCCCCACCCCUGAAUGGUGGACAACAGCCAGCACCAUACCUAAAGCACUGAGAGUCGGCGAAUUCAUCGGACAGGGCCGGAAGAUCGAGUACUGUGGUCUUCCCAAGGCCGUGCUCCACGCAACAAACACUGUGAACUUGCAGAGGGAGACAACAGCAGGGCUUGAGACGUGUGCCCAAGAAGUUGCAAAGGUUCUGGGCCAAGGCAAGACCCUGUCGUGGUACGUCGUGGCGGUGCUGUCAUUUCUGCUGGUCUGGACCGCCAUCAUGAGUGCUUUCGUGCUCCAUUUCCAUGCGCCAACCGUUGGGCUUGGCUGCCGGACCCUCUCGUAUUUGGUUUUUGGUUUUCUAAGUUCAGUGUCCUGGGCAAUCCAGUUCUUCAGGACCUUGCCGCCGUGGGCACACUGGGUGUCAUAUAUCUUCAACGGCUUGGCCAUUUUGGUGAUGACUGAGAUCAUCAUACUUCAGCUCACUGGCCUGGCGAACAACUGUUAUUGUAGGAGCAGCGCAUUGGGCAUGCCACUCUGGGGAGGUUAUCUCGAUUUCAAGGACCCCGGAUACUACCUCGAGCAUUUUUAUGUGAUUCAUUACUGGACCGGCGCAGCUGUAGUUGGUGGAUUGGUCCCAGCAAUAGCCUUUGUGACUGCUCUGUUCUGGUGGCUUAAGUGCAAGCACCUGUGGAAGGCAAACGAGCGGGGGACGCAGUACCGAAUGUAUACUGUCAACGCAGACACAAGAUGGCUAGGCCAGUAA